AUGAAGUCGGUCGUGGUUGACAAUCCCUCACCCGGGGCUGACGCUGUUCGCGAUAUUGAAAAGUUUACUCGGUCAACAACUGAACCCGUUCCAACCUCAUCAGAGUUAUCAAGCCCUCCGUAUCCUCCGCAAGAUGGUGGGAUCAAGGCCUGGCUUUUCCUCCUCGGUGCCUGCAUCGUCGAAAUAACCGCCUGGGGAUUUCCUUACUGUUAUGGAGUCUUCCGCGAAUACUUCGUCACCCAUGAGCCGUUUCAGGGUGACUCCCUCGUCUCAGUGGGCGGCAUGCUCUCAAAUGCAAGCCAAACCCCUCGAAAGAAUGCCAGGUGGCUCGGCUGUCUUAUUUGUACCGGUAGCGCUAUUGGCGCCGCCUUCACCACCACCGCUUCUGCUUUAAUUAUCUGUCUCGGUUUGCUCUACGGUAUCGGCGCAGGUCUUCUCUUCGCCCCGUCUAUGCAUUUCAUGGGUGACUGGUUUGUCAAGCGCAAAAGUUUCGCCUACGGUAUUAUUUGUGGUGCCGGAGCCGCUGCCGGAGCCGGCCUCCCUCCUAUAUACACGGUCUGCUUGAACAAGUACGGAGCCAAGGCGACCCUGAUCGGCUGGGGCUUCAUCACCUUUGUUGUGACAUCCAUCGGGCUCCUCAUGAUGCAACCGCGCACGCCGCCGGAGCGGGCGCUCAAGCCGGAACGGUCGGACGUGGACUUCCUCCGAAAGCCACUGUUUCUCAUCUUCCUCACGGCCACCUUCGCGCAGGCCCUGGCUCACUACGGACCCAGCACCUACCUGCCGUCCAUGGCUGCCGACUUUGGGCUGACGUCCGUCCAAGGCUCUUUGCUCGUCACGUUGCUUAACCUGGCCCAGGCGAUCGGUCAGCCCCUCCAGGGCAUGCUCGCAGACCUCUCAUCGUCCUUCUACGUCCCCUUCCUCAUCAGUACCCUCGGCGGCGGCGGCGUCUCGGCGUUGCUGAUAUGGCCGUGGUGCCGCAACCUGUGGUCGCUGUCGCUGUUCUCCUUGUGCUUCGGAGCGACGGCGGGCGGCUUCGCGGUGCUGCGCCCGCGCUUCGCGGCGGCCGUCGUCGGUGACGACCAGGCCGCGGCCGCCCAAAAGAACUCGGGAGACGCCUCCGAGUCCGAAACGACGCCGGGGGACCCAGCGGCCGGAGAGGAUAGCCGUUCCGAAGCCGAGGCGCGCCAGAGGAACAAGUCCAUGCUCAUAUUCGGUGUAUUCACGGCGGUGCGAGGUACGGCGGUCCUGGCUAUAAAGGAAAAAUAUAGUGUGGUUGAAGCCCUUAUGAUCUAUACUGGCGUAAUUAUGCUGGGAGCUUUAGGAAAGUUCGUGCCGCACAAUAAAAGGUUUGGGGGGAAAUAG